CAAUGUCAAUGGUAUAAUAUUGUACAUAACCUCUUGCAUUUCCAUCAAAAAUAAGAAAAAUUACGUAAUUAGUAUUAUUUUACUUUAAUAGAAUACAUUGUUUCUAGCUAGAAAAAUAUGGGGAAAUCCUCUUUUACGGGGGGUGUUAAACCCAUGUCCAUAACAGGGCGAUUUACUAAUGAAAGAGAACGUUUAAUUGGAAUGACAGAUGCUGAACGAGCCUUUCGUAGACAAUGGUUAAAAGAUCAAAUAUUAGCUCCUUCGGAGCCAAGAGUUGUUCCUGAAAUAUAUACGGCUACUCAUAACCCAAUCAGAAGAUUUUAUAGAUGGCCUUUAGAUCAAUUAGGUAAAGCAUUAGCACCUGUUCUCGGCGAACAACGUGCAGGGAGAAUUAGAUACUUCACUGGCAAGAUUUUAUUGGGAUUAGCAGGUGUUUAUGCUUUGACUUACUAUGUAAAAUACAAUACAAAUGAUUGGACUCGUAAAAAUGGUAUGAGAAUUUUAAAGUCUAGUGUAGCUGUCCAUGAAGGAGAUCCUGGUUAUCCUCGUGUAUCUGAUAGAACCAAACCGUCUGAUUAUGGUGAUAGAGGGUUCAAUAAUGUUAAAUUAAACUUAUAAAUAUAUCUAAUUAUUUAGUGUUAUUAGAAUUUGUUUUUGAUUA